GCUCGCAAAACGACAGGCAUAACUGGCCUUGGAGGCAUUCAAAAAGGAGUGCCGCUUCCAAAUUUCCCCCAGACCCUCCCAAACUAAAAACAAAGAACCCAAAGGACUCUGAUGCCUUGGGCCUUGGUCGAGCGUGGAUGGACGCUAGUGGAGUUAUGGAAUAACCCUGGCCUGCCCAUUAUUCCCCUUCUCCCCACCUCAAGACAAGAGACUUGAACGAUUAAAAUAAGACUAAAAGCAUCGUCGACUAAAAGGGUCUUGGGUAAAGAGAACAAAAGGAAACGAAAACUCUCCUUCCCACAAAUUCCAAAUUCCUUUGGGCGCCCCCAUAUUCCUCUCCUUUCCAACCCCUAGCACUUUCCUGAUGCCAUAAUAAAAUUGUAACCCCAAACCACACCCCUUCUCAUAAAAAAGCUGCUGCGGUCGCGGUUGCAGAGAGAUAUUGUAGGGACAAAUUUGAUUAUUUUAGAUUCGUUCGAGAGAUUUGGUUGUUGAUGAUGGAAGGGAUGGUGCAGGACGAGGGAUCGUCGUCGGUGACGUCGUCGCCGCUGCAGUGCUUCUCGCUGAUGUCCCUCUCGCCGGCGGCCCAGCUGAUGUCCCCGCCGGUGCCGUGGCUCCGGGAGCUGAAGGCUGACGAGCGAGGGCUGUGUUUGAUCCACCUCCUCCUCAACUGCGCCAACCACGUCGCCGCCGGCCAGCUGGAGCACGCCAACGCGUUUCUCGAAAAUAUCUCGCUUCUUGCCGCUCCCGACGGCGACACCAUGCAGCGCAUCGCGACCCACUUCACGGAGGCGCUCGCCCGCCGCGUCCUCCGCUCCUGGCCCGGCCUCUACCGCGCUCUCCACCCGCCGACGGUGCCCCGCCUGCCGCCCGACGCCCUCCUCGCCCGUCGCCACUUCUUCGAUCUCUGCCCCUUUGUCCGUCUCGCCUUCCUCGUCUCCAACCAGGCCAUCCUGGAGGCGAUGGAAGGGGAGCGGGUGGUCCACGUCGUCGACCUCGGCGGCGCCGCCUCCGACGCCGCCCAAUGGGCUGCGCUCCUCCAGGCCCUCCGCGUCCGCCCCGAGGGCCCGCCCCACCUCCGCCUCACCGUCGUCCACGAGCACAAGGAAUUCCUCGACCUCACCGCCACGCGCCUCACCGAGGAGGCCGAGCGCCUCGACGUCCCCUUCCAAUUCCACCCCAUCGUCGCCCGCCUCGACAACCUCGACGUCGAGAUGCUCCGCAUUAAGACAGGCGAGGCGGUAGCCAUCAGCUCGGUGCUUCAGCUACACACACUUCUCGCCGCCGACGACCUCGCCGCCGUCGGGGGGCACCAAAGGAAAACCGCGCCACCCUUGGCCAAGAAUCCCAGCACAACCCAGCUCCAUAGAAUAGUCCAAAUGAACCACCAGGGCACGCUAGGAGAGAUGCUGGAGAAAGACCAUGCCAAUGGGCACAGCCCGAGUCAGGACUCGGCGUCGUCAUCGUCUCUCGCAUUAACCCCGUCGCCGAAGACGGAGUGCUUCUUAGCAUCGCUGUGGGGGCUGUCGCCGAAGGUCAUGGUGGUGACGGAGCAGGAGUCGAACCACAACGGGCCGAAGCUGACAGAGCGGUUCAUGGAGGCUCUCAAUUUCUACGCAGCACUGUUCGAUUGCCUCGAGUCGACGGCGCCGAGGAUGUCGGUGGAGCGGGCGAGGAUAGAGAAGAUGCUGUUCGGGGAAGAGAUCAAGAAUAUUAUCGCUUGCGAGGGCGGGGAGAGGAGGGAGCGGCACGAGAAGCUGGAGAAGUGGGUGCAGAGGCUGGAGCUGGCGGGGUUCCUGAGGGUGCCGCUGAGCUACUUGGCGAUGCUGCAGGCCAGGAGGCUGCUGCAGAGCUAUGGGUGUGAGGGGUACAAGGUGAGGGAGGAGGAUGGCUGCUUCUUUUUCUGCUGGCAGGAUAGACCCCUCUUCUCUGUUUCAGCUUGGGGGUUCAGGAGAUUUUAGCGAGUUGAGUGACUUGUGGAGGCUGUUUUAUUUUCUUCAACAUCUUGUAUAAAACCUUUAAUUCCUUCUCUGUUUUUUUUCCCCGCUUACUUGAUUCAAAUGAAUAACAUUUUUGACAAGAAUGUGGUUUGGAAAUCA